AUGGAUAAACAACAGUUCUUCCUUUUCUUCUUUGCCUUUGGUUUUUUGGUCCCUGGUAUGAUAGCCAGGGCCUCCGCAAACGAAACAGCCGAGAUGUUGGAAUUAGCCGAGAAGGCCUCCGUGCCUACAAGGAGGAGCCUAAGUGGCUGUGAACCAACGAACCCAAUAGAUAAUUGCUGGAGGUGCAAACCUGAUUGGGCAGAUAACCGACAAGCAAUGGCCCAAUGUGUGAAAGGUUUUGGAACCGGAACCACCGGUGGUGCCGCCGGAGAAAUCUAUAAGGUCACGGAUCCUUCCGACGAUGACGUUGCGAAUCCAAAGGAAGGAACUUUGCGUUGGGGGGUUACAAGACAAAGGCCAAUCUGGGUGACCUUUGAGAAAGAUAUGUCGAUCACUCUGAAACAUGAGCUGGUGAUUACUUCCGACACGACCAUUGAUGGCCGAGGUGCAAAGGUCGAGAUUGCUAAUGGUGCAGGUCUUUCCCUUUACCAGGUCAGCAAUGUCAUCAUUCAUGGUCUCCAUAUCCAUGAUAUUAAAGAAACACCAGGUGCAACCAUUGCAAGUGGAGAAGGGAAACCAGGACCAAGAGCAAAGGCUGAUGGUGAUGGUAUCAUGUGUUUUGGCUCUUCCAAGAUUUGGAUCGAUCAUUGCUCGUUGUCCGGAGGCCCAGAUGGGCUUGUGGAUGUCACCAUGGGUAGCACUGGAGUGACCAUUUCCAACUGCAAAUUCAAUGACCAUGAUAAAGUAAUGUUGCUAGGGGCAGAUGAUUCGCAUUCUGAAGAUCAAGUUAUGAAAGUUACAGUGGCAUACAACAAAUUUAGUACAGGAUGUACUCAAAGAAUGCCAAGGUGCCGAUGGGGUUUCUUCCAGGUUGUUAACAACGAUUAUGAUAAAUGGGGAAUGUAUGCAAUCGGUGGUACCUCCAAACCUACCAUCCUUUCCCAAGGAAACCGAUACGUGGCUCCCGAUGAUCCUAACAAGAAGCUGGUGACAAUGAGGCAACCAGACAUCCCUGAGGCAGAGUGGAAGUCAUGGAAUUGGAGAUCAACAGGUGAUCUUUUCGAAAAUGGAGCCGUGUUCAUUGAUUCUGGUGCUGAUCCACAACUGACACCUGAACAGCAAGCCGGAAUGAUAGCACCGGAACCAGCCGCCUCUGUUCCAACGCUCACCAAAGACGCCGGAUUUCUGACAUGCUCGCCUGGAGCACCUUGUUAA